CUCAUCGAACAGCUGUUCAGCGUGAAGUUGUGUACGCGGAAGAAACAGCAACUCAAUUCGUUUUGCAGCCCGCAGCAAAAUAGUUUAUAAUUCCGGACGCCAAGAUUGCAAUUGGCAGUCGUCGCGCAGCCAACUAACCAGUUGACCCGAUCCGCAAGAAUAUCGAAAGAAAACCGGGGCACAACACCACUGCCAAAUAGUACAACAACAACUCGAGUGUGCGCUCUGUAGCAAAAACAACAAUAAAUAAAAACAGAGAAAUUCCGUGUGUUUUUCGCAUUUAAACAAUUUGUUAGGCAAAUAAAAUAGAAAUCGGAAUACGCGAACGAAAGUGCGGCAAUUAGUGGUUAUAUAAAUGUAAGACCAAAUAACGCGUCGUGCUAAAAAACUAUGUGGAUUUGUUCGCAAAAAGUUGAUACAUCGAGAAGAACUAGUUAAUAACCACCACGACCUCUCCAACUAGAAAUCACAUACUCCAUUCUGCAGAAGAUCCUCAUUAGCAUUUCUUUUGUGGAUUACGGCGCGUGUCAAACAUUUGACACUAAUCACCACAAAAAACGCACCGAUCCCUCGCCCAAAAAGCAAGCCAGCCACGAUUGGCCAGAUCUGGACGGGAUUCGGACAUACUGCAGCCAUGAUAGGACGUUUGUUUCGCGCCCACGGCGAAUUCUGCGCCUCGCAUCCCUGGGAGGUCAUCGUAGCCCUGCUCACCAUCACAGCCUGUAUGCUGACUGUUGACAAAAACAAUACCCUGGAUGCGAGUAGCGGUCUAGGCGCAGCCACAGCCUCAGCCGCCGCUGCUGGAGGAUCGGGACCUGGAGCAGCUAUACCACAAACGCCUGUGGGAGGAUCAGCUACAUCCAGCAGGCACAGGCCCUGUCAUGGAUGGAGUCAAUCCUGUGAUGGCCUGGAGGCCGAAUACAAUGCCGCCGACGUCAUCCUGAUGACCAUCGUACGCUGCACAGCCGUUUUGUACUGCUACUACCAGUUCUGCAGCCUCCAUCGUCUGGGAUCGAAAUAUGUGCUGGGCAUCGCCGGCCUCUUCACGGUCUUCUCCAGCUUCAUCUUUACGACGGCCAUCAUUAAGUUCCUAGGCAGCGACAUCUCCGAAUUGAAGGAUGCCCUGUUCUUCCUGCUGCUGGUCAUUGACCUGUCCAAUUCUGGCCGACUGGCCCAGCUGGCCCUUUCGGGCAGUAAUCAAGCAGAGGUGACCCAAAACAUAGCUCGAGGUUUGGAGCUUUUGGGGCCUGCCAUUUCCUUGGACACUAUCGUGGAGGUACUGCUGGUAGGUGUGGGCACGCUUUCCGGAAUACAGCGGCUGGAGAUGCUCUGCAUGUUCGCCGUACUUUCGGUGCUUGUCAACUAUGUGGUCUUCAUGACUUUCUAUCCCGCCUGCCUGUCGCUAAUCUUUGACCUGUCUCGGUCGGGAGUCGAUAUUUCGGUGGUGCGGGAGAAAGCGAAGGGUUCACUGCUCCUGAAAUCCCUCACAGAAGAGGAGCAAAAGGCCAAUCCGGUGCUCCAGCGUGUCAAGCUGAUCAUGACCACCGGCCUGAUGGCCGUGCACAUCUAUAGUCGCGUCGCCUUCUCCGGCAGUGACUAUGACUCCGUGGACAAUACACUGUCGCCCACGCUCAGCUUGAAUGUGAGCAAUAAUCGCACAGAAUCUGGAGAGAUCACCGACAUCAUCAUCAAAUGGCUGACCAUGAGUGCCGAUCAUAUAGUAAUCUCAAUUGUUCUCAUCGCUUUGGUGGUCAAAUUCAUUUGCUUCGACAAUCGCGACCCACUGCCGGAACAGCUGCGUCAAUCUGCUCCGGUGGAAAUCGCCGCCAAGGCUUCACAAACCACUCCCAUUGAAGAGGAAGAGAAUGAGAAGAAGAAGCAACCAGAGAUCAGUGAAGCUCAAGCUGUAGUCCGUGCAGCACUCUUCACUAUUGAAGAGCAGAGCUCGGCCAAUGCUUCUACACAAACAGACCUUCUUCCUCUGCGCGACCUGGAUCUGGUGGGUCCUGUUAUGCCACCUCGACCACUGCAGGAAUGCCUAGACAUCCUGAACUCUACUGAAGAUGGCAGUGGGCCCGCUUCUUUGAGUGAUGAGGAGAUCGUGUCUAUUGUUCAUGCCGGCGGCACUCACUGUCCGCUCUACAAAAUCGAAUCUGUCCUGGGCGAUCCAGAGAGGGGAGUCCGAAUCCGCCGACAGAUCAUUACCAGUCGUGCCAAAAUGGCGACGGGUCGACUGGAUUUCUUGCCUUAUUUGCACUUUGACUACCGCAGGGUGCUUAACGCCUGCUGUGAGAAUGUCUUGGGAUACGUUCCCAUUCCCGUUGGAUAUGCCGGACCACUGCUGUUGGACGGUGAGACCUACUAUGUGCCAAUGGCUACCACUGAGGGUGCUUUAGUUGCCUCCACGAAUCGUGGCUGCAAAGCGUUGUCCGUUCGUGGAGUUCGAUCUGUUGUGGAAGACGUGGGCAUGACCCGAGCGCCAUGUGUAAGAUUCCCAAGUGUUGCUCGUGCAGCAGAGGCAAAGUUGUGGAUUGAAAACGAUGAAAACUACCAGUUGGUGAAGACGGAAUUCGACUCCACAUCUCGUUUUGGCCGUCUGAAGGAUUGCCACAUUGCCAUGGAUGGACCACAGCUGUAUAUUCGCUUUGUUGCCAUUACCGGCGACGCCAUGGGAAUGAACAUGGUGUCCAAGGGCGCUGAGAUGGCUCUGCGUCGUAUCAAGCGCCAGUUUCCCGACAUGCAGAUAAUCUCACUAAGUGGGAACUUCUGUUGUGACAAGAAACCAGCGGCCAUUAACUGGAUUAAGGGACGUGGCAAGCGUGUGGUCACCGAAUGCACCAUUUCGGCUGCCACACUGCGCUCUGUGCUGAAGACGGAUGCCAAGACGCUGGUCGAGUGCAAUAAGCUAAAGAAUAUGGGUGGCAGCGCCAUGGCCGGCAGCAUUGGUGGUAACAAUGCCCAUGCCGCCAACAUGGUGACCGCCGUCUUUCUGGCCACGGGGCAGGAUCCCGCUCAAAAUGUUACCUCUAGCAACUGUUCAACGGCCAUGGAGUGCUGGGUGGAGAACAGCGAGGACCUCUACAUGACCUGCACAAUGCCUUCGCUGGAGGUGGGAACUGUGGGCGGCGGCACAGGGCUGCCCGGCCAAAGCGCCUGCCUGGAAAUGCUCGGAGUUCGCGGAGCACACGCCACAAGGCCGGGUGACAAUGCCAAGAAGCUGGCCCAGAUAGUCUGUGCCACGGUCAUGGCCGGUGAACUGAGCCUAAUGGCAGCGCUGGUCAACAGCGAUCUAGUCAAGAGUCACAUGCGUCACAAUCGCUCCUCCAUUGCCGUGAGCAGCGCCAACAAUCCUCUCAACGUGACCGUGUCCAGCUGCAGCACCAUCAGCUAAGAUUGGGCGCUCCAAGGGCGCCGACUUCUACCCUUUUGUACAUAGAGUCUCUUACCGGGCAGGCCAGGCGUUGCAACUCAUUUCUUUAGGUGUUACCUUUAUAGUUGAAUGUUUCACAAAUUGCUUGAUAAAUAACCUGAUUGGCCUGGCCAAGGAAACGAACAGCAGCUUCCUCCAGUUCGGCGAAUCCUUCCAAGCCAAUGCUGUGAGCAUAGGAUGGGAUGAAACUAUAUCCACUGUUGCUGCUCCUUCUUCCACUUAGAUUGUACGUUUCGUCAUAACGCUAUUUUUUUCAAUACCUAUAUAUAUACUGAAUACUGAACGAAGAUACGCUGGAAUCCCCUCCAGAAUGCCAGUCAGUGGAGCAGCUAUGACCAGGACUAGUGCAAGCGCUGAACUUGUAAAAAGUAUAUCCUAAGCGAAAAGUAGUACAUAGGGUUUGUAUAGUGACUAAAUUAAAACGUUUAAUUAGAGCGAGUACGAUCGAUAUCGAUAUCUUAUAACUUCUGUUUUCGUUUUUUAACAAAAGAAAAAACAAUAUAUAAACACAAAAAGCGUAA